AUGGUGCUGAAGAGGACAGAGAGAGAUGCUUCAAACUGGUCCACAGAUGAGCUGAAAACACUGUUCCUGGCAGUGCAUGUGCAAAACGAGGAAGGCAAGUGCGAGGUGACAGAAGGGAAUAAGCUUGAUGGAGAGGCAUCUAUUCACAACCGCAAAGGCAAACUUAUCUUCUUUUAUGAGUGGAGCAUCAAACUAAACUGGACAGGUACCUCUAAGUCUGGGGUGCGGUACAAGGGCCAUGUGGAGAUCCCCAAUUUGUCUGAUGAAAAUAGUGUGGCUGAAGUGGAGAUUAGUGUGAGCCCUGCCAAGGAUGAGCCUGACACAAAUCUUGUGGCCUUAAUGAAGGAAGAAGGGGUGAAACUUCUAAGAGAAGCAAUGGGAAUUUACAUCAGCACCCUCAAAACAGAGUUCACGCAGGGUAUGAUCUGGCCUACAAUGAAUGGAGAGUCAGUAGACCCAGUCGGGCAGCCAGCACUGAAAACUGAGGAGUGCAAGGCUAAGCCUGCUUCUUCAAAAACCCAGGCCAGACCUGUUGGUGUAAAACUCCCCACUUGUAAGAACACCCUUGGAGAAACCUUCCUGACAUCACCAGAGGAGCUCCAUAGACUUUUUACCACCCAGGAGCUUGUUCGGGCCUUUACCCACGCUCCUGCAAUGUUAGAAGCAGACAAAGGGGACAAGUUUCACCUGUGGAGGUUUAAAUCUUGGCCAGAAGGGCACUUUGCCACCAUCACCUUGACCUUCAUUGACAAGGAUGGAGAGACUGAGCUGUGCAUGGAAGGCCGAGGCAUCCCUGCCCCUGAGGAGGAGAGGACACGGCAGGGCUGGCAGCGGUACUACUUUGAGGGCAUCAAACAGACCUUUGGCUAUGGCGCACGCUAA